AUGGUGAACAAUGCAACCACAUUCAAAGCUUUGGAAGCCGUACAUACUAUAAAUCCAUCACUCUUUUUAAGUGCUCGGAAAGAAGAACUUUUUACUUUACAACGAGAAAUAUCAACAUCAUCAUCAAAUGCUCGAGUGUUCCAGAGAUUACCAAGACAUUUGAGAAGGAGAGCCAUGUCAAAGGUUCCUCAUCUUCUUCCGAGGCAUUUACGAAAUGCUGCAAUUAGAGAAAUGAAUCUUCCCAAACGGGUUCGACAAAGAAAGAGAAGGAAAGAUAUGAAAAGAAAACAACAACGAAAAGAUUUUGUAGUGAAUGUGAAACAAUUACCUGCUUUGAACGGAGAAAGUACUAAAGCCUUCCGAUUGUCUACACAUUUAUUUCAUGCCAAGCGAAUGAAAAUGGAAGACAAAUGGGGAAUGAGGCUUCCUGUGAAACAUAUCACAGAUAAAAUAUUUAGAAAUGGAUAUAGAUAUGCUCGAAAACAUUGUACGAUUCAUGAGAGAAGUUAUAUGGUGUGUUUGCAAGUUGAUUUUAGCACGGCCGGAAAUGUAGAAAAAUUGCUAAAAUCUAUGAUGAAUAUUCAUACCGAUUCACCUUUAUUAUUCCAUAAUGAUUAUCUCAUUGGAAAACGAGAGGGAACUUUCGAAUGGAAGGAUAAGAAUAAUUUUACAAUUUCAACUGUGGAAUUUUUAGUUAGGCCAAAAACGGUGACAUUUAAUGGUGCUUCAGAGGAAUCAAUCAUGAUUUGGAUACAUCCUUCAUCACUUCCAGAAGGAUAUCAACAUUUAGAACAGCUAGUAUUAGAGUUAAAAGGAACUAUUUAUCAUCGAAACGAUUUAUCUAGGUUUGAGGUGAGAGGCCCAUUAACAAUGAAAGUCAUUUCGAAUGUGAUUAGGAUACAUAUUGAAGACACCAUCAACGAAUUGAAAACUACUAAAUCAGAGAGUCAAGUUAAAACAAUAUCAAAAGAAUGGGAGAGAAUGAAAACAGACAUUCAAAUGACCACCUCCUUGCCAGUUGACAUGGUCAUAAGUUUCAUGGCAAAACACCCAAUUUAUACUUCCUCUUUUAAUACUACUUUUGAGGAUUUUAAGAAAGAGUCACAAUUGAUUGCAACUGCUCUUGCUCCAUCAUUGUCAUAUACAUCUUCUCAAUCGUCUAGCAAAGACAAUGAAAAACCUCUCAAUAGUUUGCAAAAGAAGUCAAUGUUAUACGUUCCAGACCAUAUGAAUGAUAUUCCAUUAAUUUGGAAUCAAAAAGAAUGCAAAGAAAGAUAUCAAUUUCCAUAUUUAAAACGAACUAAGCGAACAAACAAAAAGUUCAAUCCUUUGCAAAGUGCAGAAGGACCAAGGUCAUUCCCAAUUCUGCUUAUUCAAAAACCAUCGUCACUGAACAGUGGAAGUACCAUGGGAGGAGGAUUUGAUAUCGUAUUACCGACCAUUGACGUUUCAGCUCAUGUCUGGUUCAAGCUUAGUGAACAAAAAAACACCAUGGCUCUACCAAUAUUUGACAGAGACAGACUGCUGCUCGAGCAAGGUAAGCGAGUAUUUCCGAACGACUAUCCUUCAAGUCAAGCAUUUCAAAGAGAUAUCAUUGCAGAGAAUGAACACCUAGAGAUCCUAAUUCAACAAUUGGAGUGUCCUUUAUCUUCUUAUAGACCUGUACAGCUUUUUGGAGUUUGGGGAGGAAGCUUGGAGCCUUAUGACAUGAUUUAUGUUCCCACCAACCAGAAACAAAUUGCAGCUUUAACAAAACUUGCAAAACCAAGCAAGGAAGACAGAGAACUUCAAGCAAAAAUGCAUGCCAUUCCCAAGUCAAUGAUUGAAGCCAAAUGUAUUGGAUUUGUCACAUCCGCCAAUUACUCUCUCUUGCGAGGAAAAAAGUAUGGUAUUGGAUUUAUUACACUUGACUCUAGUCAGCAACUUCCAUCCAUUCCUGGCCACUCACAAAACAUUGUCCUCAUCAAGAGGAAAGACGAGUCUAACGAGUUUUAUUAUCCUUUCCAAUGCUUGUAUAAAGUUCAGAAAUAA